CCCUUCUCGUUGCGUCUUCUCCCGGAGAAACCAGAAAGUUGAUUGCAGCCACACCUGUGAGAGAUCGAAAGCUUGCUUGCUGAGAAUUAAUAGCUCUCAUAUAUGGGUUUCAGUUCAGUCUUUCGAUCUCUGCAAGAGGUCUUUCCACAGGUUGAUACACGUGUGCUAAAGGCUGUUGCUAUUGAACACCCCAAGGAUGCUGAUGCAGCUGUGGAAUGUAUUCUUUUUGAGGUUCUUCCAUAUCUUCGUAUUCAAUCAGAGUCUCAUGGUACGCAGAAUGAUAGUGAAGAUGUUAACCAUUCAAUUGUUGGACGAGAGGAGCUAGGGCAGGGGGUAGUUGAAGUAGUACUUGCAGAUUCAGCUUCAAAUUCAGCAUUUGAUACUACUAAAGAUGCCAAUGAUACAGUCAAUACUACCGAUGCGCUUUAUUGUGAUGCAAAAUGUGUGAACGAAGAAUUUGUUGGUUCUUCUGUUUUAAGUCUCCAUGGUGGAAAUGGUGAAGAACUGCAAAUGAGCACAUGUGGACUUAGGAACACAUCCUUGGAUCAGCCUCCAGUUCACUUAUUUUUAAAUACUGAAACUGAAGAAUUCAUUUCUUUGGAAAAGUGUCAAAAUGUUAGUGUUGCAGAUGGGUCAGAUCAGGUUGCACUUUUGGAACCUGGACCUUUAAUACGGGAAGAGCGUUUCACUGACUGCUGUAAUGAUGCUUCAUCUUUCAAUAUCAAUGAUUUGAAUGAGUUGGUAAUUUGUGAUAGUUGGGCUACUUGUGGAGAAAGUCAUCAAGAUCAAACUUGCUUAGAUGCUAAUUCAUUGAAAGUGGAAAACUUGCUAGCUUCAGGUCAGCAUAUUCCAUCAUCUCAAGAAUCUCAAGAAGAAACAUCAGAUUCUGCAGACUAUGGAUCUUUGGCAGCAAAGAUUGGUGCUACCAUUAGUGACUUCGAAAAACCAGAUUCAAGAAAUCGAUCAGAGAAUGUUUCUACAGAAGAUGUCUUCGACACUGAAGUAGGUCAUGUUGAAAAUGGGUCCUCAUCAAUAGCUAUGGUUUCACGUUCCAGCCAAAUUUGUAGCAUUGAUCUUCUCGAGGAUAGUAUUGGAGAAGCAAAAAAUAACAAGAGAACUCUGUUCUUGGCAAUGGAGUCUGUCAUCAACAAGAUGAAAGAAUUGGAGUUUCAAGAGGAAGCUGCGGAACAGGCCAAAAGGGAAGUUGCAGAGGGUGGUGUUAAUAUUCUUGCCAAGGUUGAAGACUAUAGAGAGAUGCUGCAACAUGCCAAGGAAGCCAAUGACAUGCAUGCAGGAGAAGUCUAUGGAGAGAAGGCAAUUCUAGCAACAGAACUGAGGGAACUUCAAUCCCGUAUCCAGAAUUUGUCUGAUGAGAGAGAAAAAUCUUUGGCGAUUCUUGAUGAGAUGAACGAAACUCUUGAAGUACGAUUAGCUGCAGCAGAAGAGGAGAGAAAAAUAGCUGAGCAAGUUAAGCUAGAAAAUGAAAAGUCAGCAAGAAUGGUUCUUGCAGAGCAAGAGCUAGCUAUGGAGAGGGUAGUUGAGGAGUCCAAAAGACUACAGCAACAAGCAGAGGAGAACUCCAAGUUACGGGACUUUCUCAUGGAUCGUGGUCAUGUUGUUGAUAUAUUGCAUGGAGAGAUAGCUGUUAUUUGUCAAGAUGUGAAGUUGCUGAAAGAAAAGUUUGACGAAUGUGUCCCUAUUAGUAAGUCCUUGUCCUCAAGCCAGACAAGUUGUAUUUUAGCUUCUUCGAGCUCAUCCAUUAAGAGUCUGGCAGCUGAUCGGGUUCCUGAGAGAGUCGAGGCAUCUGAGGCCUUGGAGAAGUUAAGCCCAGCUCCCUCAUUUGUCGGUCAGGUGAAGAGUAACUUUGAAGAGAAGACUGUUGCAGGUGAUAACAAGGUCCCUUUAGACGAUGGAUGGGAAUUCUUUGAUGAGGACGACGAUUUAUAAGCUGAAUCACUGAUUGUUUAUAGAUUGAACUGGAUUUCAAGAGUAGAUUGCUGAUGGAGUAUUGGGUUCUGUCCAUAGUAUAAAGUAGUGCCCUGAUAGCAGCAUGCUUGGUUUCUUUGGCAAAGCAUGAAUAAAGAGUUCAAAUGAUAGUUGACUUUUAUGAAUGUAUAAAAAUAGUUAUAGUUUUUUUAGGUGCCAGUACCAGGAGAAUUCUAUUGGAGACGAUUUAUUUGGUUUUCCAUUACUAUAAUCAGGCAACUCCCAAGUCUCACCUGUACAGAAAAGAUAAUGAUGGUUGUGGAUUUGUUAAUAGGGGCACGUAUAAAUUUUUCUUUCUAUACUACUUUUAUUACUAAGUUGUUGCUUGUAUA